GCCUGAGAAGUAGCCUGGCUAAUUUUGGCUGGCUCCACUGGAUCCUGGCAAGGCUAGACAGCGUGGGCCACUGCUUCUGCUACUGAGCACAGCCACAAGGAUAUGGGCAUGAUCCACAUCCAGCCCCAGGAUAUGAUUUGCCUUCCCAGCCCAUGCUAGCUAGCCCCCAGCGCUGCAAGCUUCCUCGGAGCAGCACCCUACCCACGCCAGCUGGCUCCCAUUGCUAUGAGCUUCCACAGAGCAGUGCCCUGCCCAUGCCAGCUGGCCCCCAGUGCUGUGCGCUUCCUCAGAGCAGUGCCCUAUCCACGCCAGCUGGCCCCCAGCACUGCCAGCUUCCUCAGAGCAGUGCCCUGCCCAUGCCAGCUAAUCCCCAGUGUUGUGCACUUCCUUGGAGCAGUGCCCUGCCCAUGCCAGCUAAUCCCUAGCACUGAAAGCUUCCUUGGAGCUGUGGCUUUGUUGCCAUGGCUUGGAUUCUGGCCUUGCAGUUUAGCACUGCAGCUCUAACCCAUGUUCCGUUGACCCCACGCUAUCUCUUUGACCCGUUCUCCCUGCUCCUUCUUUCCCCCCGCAGGUAAAUCUUUAACCUGGGCACAGAGCAGCCAACCCAGGGCUCUUCCACCCCAUCUGCAAACACUGCUUCCCCUUUGGAGCAGCGGCCCUGGAUCAUGGCCCAGCAGUUCCUUCACAUGGGGAAAACACACUCCACCCCCUCUGAGGACAGGAGCGCAAGGAAAAGAGGGAGGGGCCAUGCCGGGUCCGGUUCAGUAUCUCCUAGGGGAAGAAAUGGGGGCGGGGAAUAGGACCCACUGACACGUCAGCCAAGGUCAUGGGGAGGGCAAAGCUCUGGAGCAGGUGCCAGGCCUCCCACCGCAAAUCCUUGCGAAAGCCAGCGGUUUGAUCCCAGCCCUCGCUCCUCUGCGGGGAGAGUCUGGGAGUUAUUAGGAGGGACGAGGUUGGGACAAACCAGUAGGAAUUAGCUUUGGAAAGUUGACAGCACUCGGCUCCCCUGGGGGGCAGCAGGAAUCCACCCCACCCCCCGUCUCUCCCAGCUUCCCCAUCCCUGGGGGGCUGAGUGGAGAAACUGGGCAGCCGGAGCGUCCACUGAGAUUUUGCUCUCCCGAUUUGAGGAGCCGGGCCCCCAGGAGCUCUCCCGAGGCCUCAAGGACUAGACGCCAGCCAUUGGCACGCAGGCUUAACAUGGCCACCGUGUUCUUACUGCCCUGGGCAUGCUUGCUGAGCCUGGCCCUGGUGGCUCGAAGCACGGCAGAUGGGGGUCCAGUUCUCUGGGACCGCCCCUUUGUCACAGUGUGGAACGCCCCGAGCCAGGAGUGCAGCGCGAAAUAUCAUGUGCCCCUUGACUUGGGGGUCUUUGACGUGGUGCUGAACCGCAACGAGUCCUUCCUGGGCCAGGAGAUCGCCCUCUUCUACAGCAACACACUGGGCCUCUAUCCACACUACACCCCGGAGGGGACGGCGGCCCACGGGGGUGUCCCCCAGAAUGGCAGCCUCCAGGCCCACCUCGGCAAGGUGCGGCAUGACAUCCAGGCCACCAUCUUGGAGCCAGGCUUCCGGGGCCUGGCAGUGAUCGACUGGGAGAGCUGGCGCCCCGUGUGGGCUCGGAACUGGGAUGCCAUGGAGCUCUAUAAGGAGAAGUCCCAAGAGCUGGUCCAGGAGCGGCACCCCGACUGGCCCCCAGACAGGGUGGCCGAGGAAGCUCAGGAGGAAUUUGAGCAAAGCGCUCGGGCCUUCAUGGAGCAGACCCUGGUGCUUGCCAAGAGCCUGCGGCCUGAGGGCUUCUGGGGUUUCUAUGGCUUCCCCAGCUGCUAUAACUAUGAUUUCAAAGCGGCCAACUACACAGGGGAGUGUCCCGCCAUAGAGCAGCGGCGGAACGAGCAGCUCUGGUGGCUCUGGAACCAAAGCCGGGCACUCUACCCCAGCAUCUACCUGCCCAAGGAGCUCUGGCUGACAGACCAGGUUGGCAAGUUCGUCCGGCACCGUGUGGCCGAGGCGUUCCGGGUGCAGGGGCAGACGGGGACCAGCAGCCUCUCAGUCCUACCUUACGCCCGUAUCCAGUACGACUUCACGGAGGACUUCCUCUCGCAGGAGGACUUGGUCCACACCAUUGGGGAAAGUGCUUCUCAAGGUGCCUCGGGGGUUGUGCUGUGGGGCAACGAGGAUUACACUCACUCACGGGAGUCCUGCCUGGCACUGAAGGAGUACGUGGACAGGAGCCUGGGCCACUACAUCAUGAACGUGACCAGCAGUGCCACACUGUGCAGUCGCACGGUGUGCUCCAGCCACGGGCGCUGUGUGCGGCGGGCCGGGCACCCCGGCGCGUUCCUGCACCUCAGCCCCUCCAGCUUCACUGUCCGGAGGCAAGGCAGCUGGCCCCGCGUCCACCUGCAGGGACAACUGGCAAAGCAGGAGCAAGCCAAGCUGGUGGAAGAAUUCAGCUGCCAGUGCUACACUGGCUGGGCAGGGACCCGGUGUGAACGUGAGGGCAACCCAGAGUGACAUCCCUAUAUGCACCCCACAUGGCCCCAUGCCUCCCACGUGGCCCCAUACACCCCACCCCUGACAUACUCACACCCCACAUAUACUCCCCACAUGGCCCCAUGCACCCUACAUUCCCCCAUAUAC